GAGGAUACAGUAUAGAAGAGAGUAAUGAGAGUGUUGGUAUGUGGUAGAGUGGGUUGUAUUAGAGGAGAGAGGUGGCGAGGCUCCACCACACAACCCUGGUGUAAGGAGCACCACAGCUGUCACCGGCCACCAUGCUCAGGUUAAUAUUGUUGGCAGUGUGCGUGUCCUCAGCCCUUGGGGCCAACACCCUGGUGUUGGUGGAUACUUUAGCUACUCGUGAAACUCAUUCCAUCUUCCUAAAGUCCCUUCAGGAACGUGGCCAUGAAGUGAGUGUAAAAGCAGCUGAUGAUCCAUCAUUGCAACUCUCUCGCUAUGGAGAAUACAUUUACCAAAACCUAGUGAUCCUGGCACCGGGGGUGGAAGAAUUUGGAGGUGCUCUGAGUGUAGAGACCAUUGUAGAAUUCAUUGAUGGUGGUGGCAGUGUACUAGUGGCAGGAUCUCGAGAGGCUGCUGACUUGAUUCGUGAGCUUGUGACCGAGGCUGGGGUGGAGAUGGACGAGGAAGGUGCAGCAGUUAUUGACCACCUUCACUAUGAUGCCAAUGAUGAUGGGCAGCACACACUCAUUGCUGCACCAAGUACGGGGUUAAUUGACUCUGAAGUAAUGGUGGGACCCAGGGAUGCAGUACCCCUCUUGUAUCGUGGAACAGGACUGAUCACUGAUGCAGAGAACCCUCUUGUGCUCCCUGUCUUGAGGGCACCCUCGACUGCCUACUGUUAUAACCCUACCCAGCCCAUAUCUGAUUAUCCACAUGCUACAGGUCAGAACAUGUUGUUGGUGGCCGCACUGCAGGCCCGCAACAAUGCCAGAGUGGUUGUUUCGGGUUCCCUCGAGUUCUUCUCUGAUGCCUUUAUCAUGACUUCUGUUCAGACACCGCAGGGAGCCUUCUAUGAGCGCUCUGGAAAUGGAAAAGUAGUGGAGGCUCUAAGCCAGUGGGUCUUCAUGGAAGAGGGUGUCCUGCGUGUGGCCUCCGUAGAGCAUCACCUUGUAGGAGAGACGCACCCUCCUGUGGCCUACACCAUCAAGCAGGAUGUGGAGUACAAGAUCAAAGUUGAGCGAUUGGUAGAUGGCGUUUGGAAACCAUUCUUGGCAAAUGACCUCCAGAUGGAGUUUGUGCGCAUUGACCCAUUUGUCAGAUUGACUAUGACGCCUCAUAGCAAUGGUGUUUUCUCAGUCAAGUUUCAGGUACCUGAUGUGUAUGGUGUCUACCAGUUCAAGGUGGAGUACAACCGAGUGGGCUUCACACGGCUCUUUAGUACAACCCAGGUUUCUGUACGUCCAUUCACUCACGUGCAGUAUGAGCGGUUCAUCGAAUGUGCAUAUCCUUACUAUGCAAGUGCGUUUUCUAUGAUGAUAGGUGUUUUCCUCUUCUCUUUGGUGUUCCUACAUCAUAAGGAGUCACCAUCUAAAUCAAAGACAGAGUAAUGAUGUGUUAACUCUUAUUCUAGCUUUAUAGCCUUAAAUGUUGGGGUUUUGUUAUCAAUACCCAGUUUCUUAACAUUUCCAAGUAAUUUUUAGAAUUAUUGCUCUCAAGUUGUUUAAUACAGUACGAAGCUCAUGAACAGUACAGUAUAUGAGAGUUGAAGUAUGUACAGAUUUUUUUGUAAGUUGUGCAUGGGAAAAUACUUGUGAAUUAAUGAUAUGAAGAGGUUAUUUGUCCAAAGGUAUUUCCUGUAAUAAAAAAGGAUUGUUAUUAAUAAAUGUUUGUGUAUU